GUGACCUAAGUCCCAGGCACAAUCGUCGCAGAAAUUUCUCCUGCACAGUCCAACAUAAACACUACCAGAAAACUAUAAUUCCAAGAAUAAAAACAUUUCAAAUUGAUCUCUAUCCAGCAAUUCACAGUAUUUUUAAUCCGUUCAAUUAUGGAUAAUUUCGAUAGGUUAUGCCGACUGUCAAGCGAUGAAAAAUGGGACGAAUUUGUCAAGAAUUUAGACACAAAAACCAGUGAAAAGAGAAUAAUCGCCAAGUUGGCGGAGAUAUUAACAAAACCAGAGGCAAAUUUGCCCCCAAACGUUUUGUUUUCGAUCCUAAAGUGUCUAGCAAAUACUUGUGUACAUUUCAAACAUGAAGCACCAGAACAAAUUCAAAACAACAGUACAAAGUACCUGGCGAAUCACUGCCAUGAACUCUACAGAGAAUUGUCAAUGUGUUCACCAGUGGAUGAAGAGAGUUUGUCCAAUGCAUUCCCCUACAAUGGCAUUGCCGAGUGGGUGAUCGAUUACUUGGACGAUCACACGACUGAGAAUGGAGAGGAACAGAUUAAAAUCGUCAGAACUGGCCUUCGUUUUUUGUGCAAUGUUUCCACUACCACUGACAGAGGAUACAAAGCUUUUUUAUCACAUCAGAAUUUGAGGAUCAUCAUUGGGCAACUUCUCCACUGGAAUGACACAAAUGUCCUCCUCCUCACCUGUGCACUGAUUCACAACAUACUAUUCAACAUGACAGAGAGCAGUCCACCCUUCGAGCCCUUAUCAACCCUCGAAGGGCUGAUCAGAGCGGAUACCUUGAAAGUCAGCACUGCGAAUGACACAAUCAUGUUGUUCCUUCGACAGACACCAGACUUGCUGGACACAGUUUACGAAUAUUUGUCGAUGGAAGCCAAGUUAUAUCUAACAGAAAUCAUUUAUCAGAAUCUGAAGGAUGUUGUCUAUAAACAGAACAAUGAGGGUGAAAGUCUCCCAGAGAAUACGAUUAUUUAUUUGAUGAAUAGAUUCAAGAAGAGGAGUGACUUGAUACUGAAAACUGUGGAUUCGUAUUUGAAUGAUAUGGAGCCUGCUGAAGUCACCAUUCUCCUCGAUAUUUUGGGGGUUUUGUCGUCCAGUGACAGGAGAGAGUGCCAUAUUUUACAGAGAGACAACAGUCUCCUCAUAAAUGCUGUUUUUCUCCUGCGGGCGAUGCACAUGGCCGGGAAGGAGGAGAAUAAUUACUUCACACCAGUCCAAACAUUGACCGAUAUCGUACCCAAUUCCUCGAGGGAUGAAGACACAGCUUCGGAUAGCAGAGAGGAUAUUCGAAAUCAUCCUGCAUUUGGCUUCAAAGCAGGGUUGAUUCGUUUGAUUGGCAAUCUUGUACAUAAACAUCGAGCUAAUCAAAAUACGCUACGAGACACCGAAGGAAUCUCUGUCAUACUGGACUGUUGUAACAUCGAUGGAAGGAAUCCACUGAUUCUCCAAUGGUGCAUAUUCGCCAUCAGGAAUGCGUGCGAGGGUAUGUCGAAGAAUCAACAAAUAAUUGCCAAUAGUGAGAAAAUCAAGUUCAUUGAUAACGAUAUUCUUCGUGAAAUGGGAGUUACUCUUCACGAAGAUGAGACUGGAAAUACCGUUGGAAUUGUGGCACUACCAAAGGAGCCGGAGGCUGAGAAAUCCUUUAACGAAUGGGACUAGCAUAGGGCUACCUGAUGUAUACCCCAUUUGGCACGACCCAAAGGAUUCGGCCGAUUUGACUGUAAUAUUUUUUGAAUAAAAAAUAGCAUCGGUUGAGGUCGUGUCAACAUGCGAAUAUUUCUGAUGAAGGGAAUCAAUCCCUUUCCAAGGAGUCAUUGAUCACUUGUACAAAAGCAUUUUCGUUGUACUGAGAGUGGAUUGCGGAAUUGCAUAUCCAGACUACAGCAAGUUGAUGAACUUCAUGAAGUGGUAGUUAAGAUACUCGGAUGUCAUUGAUUUUUUACGGAACAUAUUUGUAUGAUAGAGUAGAAA